GAUUUAUUUGCUGGUUUGUACAGCAUACACAUAUGUCAUUCAGCAUUUUCAGAGCACUCAGACCGCAAAAGCGUUGUAACAGUCUGAAGAGCCAACCAAACGGAAGGUUGGUUCGUUAUAAGUGCACCAACACCAACGCGGCCGCCGAGAAGACCGAGGAUGUCACCACAACGAGGAUUUGGCAAGCAGACAACGCCUACAAUACUCGCGUGAUAUUGCCUGGGCCCGCUCAGCUCAGCUCUGAAGACCCAAACCCCCUGUAUGAUGAAGGCACUGCCGAGAACAGGUCAAAUGAGGCCAACGCCGACUUGUCAGAACAGGAAAUUCUAGAAAAGAGCGAAGCGCGCCUGGGUCGCUUCAGACAGGCCAUUUUGGACACACACGCAGAGCUCAACUUGGAACAUGAAGAGGACCUGCUGCCCAACGAAUUUCCUCAAGGGCCUCUGACGAUCAAGGGCGCGUUCGGGACCCCGGAAGCACCCGUUCUGAUACCUUCGAUCGAAAACGAGCGCAUUGUUGGAUGCCAAGGCGGUGCUGGUCCACGCUUCCACGACAUUCUGUGGCACACCGUUAAAAAGUCCAAGCCGCUCUGCUGCUUAGAAUGCGGCCAGAUAUUCCGUCUCGUCGACUACAUGGAAUGGCUUGACUGGGCAGCGUACGAAUGGGAGGUUAACGGUCAAAACACAAUCCAGUUUUUCCUACCUGAGCAGCAGUAGAAAAAUCAAUGUCUUGAAGAGGUUUUUUUUGUAAGUGUGCGAGAAGCCACAAAAAACAGAGAGGCGUUAAUAAAGGGUGUAGAAAAUGCAGAUACACGUAAGAGGUAUCUGAAUUAUAUCAGUUGAGCGGCGCUGCUGCCGGGACGAGCCGCCAAUUGUCG